AUGGUUCGAGUAUCAAACUUCGAAGAAAAUCUGCCAAAAAGCUUACCAGCCCGUGAAUUUGUCGAACAAACCGCUGCUGGCAAGCUGCAUGCAGUUCUUGAGGAAAUGAAAACAAACAAAGAGCUUUUCGACGUCGUCAUAGCCUCAGAUACAGUAAUCUACUUCGAGGGGAAUAUCAUUGGGAAACCAGAAGAUGCCAAGGAUGCCUUCAACACUUUGCAGAGGUCACGUGCUGGUUCGUACGGGAUCCAAGAAUAUGGUGCAGUAUUCGUAAAAGCAGUACAUGGAUGUUUCAGCAAUGUCGUUGGUUUACCCAUAUACAAGGUCCAUAGUGCUUUAGUCAACAAAGGAAUUCUAUAG